GUUCCAAAUUAAAAAAAAAAAAAAAAAACAAGAGGAUCUGUGUUAUCAGCUUGACCUCUCCUUCAUCUUCGUCAUCUUUCUUCCUAACCGCCGCCGGACGGAGAUUGGCGGCAUGGAGACAGCGAUAGCUACGAAGGUUGUGGACUUCGCUUUUAAUUCCAUGGCCGGAAAGCUGGAGAAGAUGCUAGAGGAAGAAGCCGUGUUGCUGGCUGGAGUCGAAGAGGAUGUCCGAUACAUAGUCGAUGAGCUGAGAAGCAUCACCUCUUUCUUGACGGUCAUGUCAACCAGGCAGAAUCUGGAUGCUCAACUGCAGAACUGGGUGCAGGAAGUGAGGGAGGUGGCUUACGAUGCCGAAGACUCGAUCGAUGAGUUUGACUGCCGUCUCCGAUCGACACCCUACAACGAUCUUGGAGUCAAAGGUAUUUUCAAGCGCUUUCUUCAUAAUAUAAAAUCAUUGAAAGCUCGUCAUGGCAUAGCUUCGGAGUUCAAGAAAUUGAAGGUUCAAAUAGAAGAGAUCAGAAAGAGGCACGAUCGCUAUUCCCAUCUAUAUGAAGCCGACACGGGCAUGGCCGAAUGCUCCGAUCCACGGAUCAUCGGUCAAUUUAUAGAGGAAGCUCAACUCGUGGGCAUCAAACAGAGUAGAGAUAAGAUCAUCGGGUGGGUGAUGGACCAAAACUGUCCCGAGCUUACAGCGAUUUCUCUUGUCGGAUUCGGUGGUUUAGGAAAGACAACUUUGGCUAAGACCGUCUAUGACGAUCUUAUUAUCGUCGGAGGCCACUUCCAAUAUCGAGCUUGGAUUGUAGUGUCACAAAAUUACAGCAUCAUAGAACUUCUCAAAAAGAUUAUUCGACAAAUUUCCGUAGAGGAGAAACGAAUCCGAGAUGUUUAUGGGUGCCAAGAUAGAACUGUGGACACAGAGCAACUUCUGAACAAGAUGGACAAAUCACAACUGGUGGAGACAGUCAGAGGCCAUCUCCACGAAAAGAGGUAUUUGAUUGCUUUUGAUGACGUUUGGAGGACUGAAGCAUGGGAAAACUUGAGCAUUGCAUUGCCACCGGGUAAAGAAGGAAGUAGGGUCAUAGUCACCACCCGCAAUGACGAAGUGGCAAACUAUAGUUGUUCUCGUAAUCGUCAAUUCAUAUUUAAAGUCUAUCCUUUAUCAUCUGAGCUAUCUUGGGAGUUAUUCCGCAGAAAAGUAUUUGAUGCACCUGACUAUAGUUGUCCUCCAGAGCUUGACAAUGUUGGCAGAGAAAUCGUGCAAAAGUGCAGUGGAAUUCCACUUGCUAUUGUGACAGUCGGAGGCCUUCUGGCUUCCAAGUCUGAUAAAAAAUUUGAGGAAUGGAAAGACUUUGGCAACUACUUUCGUUCGGAGAUACAAACUAAUAAUAGGCUGUUGAAGAUCAAUCAGAUACUACUUCUGAGUUACAAUGACUUGCCUUACCAUCUCAAGCCUUGCUUCUUGUUCUUAGGCAUCUUCCCUGAGGAUUAUGAGAUUGGUCGGAAGCGUCUGAUGAGACGAUGGAUUGCUGAAGGGAUUGUGAGUGGCUUAGGUGGCUUCCCCGCUGAGAAAGUCGCCGAGCGCUGCUUCAACGAGUUGGUGAGUCGUAGCUUGGUGCAGCCGUCAGAAUUUAAUGAUAAUGGGAAAGUGAAAUCCUGCCGCGUCCAUGACAUGAUGCUCGAAGUCAUAAUCUCGAUAUCAAAUAAGGUGAACUUUGCGGUGCUACUGAAUGAGCACACCACUAAUCUGCCGCAACAUCAGAAGAUAAGACGCUUAUCGUGGCAUGGAGGAAGCAGUGGACUAAGUACUAACACUGAUCUGUCCCACCUCCGAUCCUUCACUGCAUUCGGUAGCGACGGUAGGGAUGUGCCAGUACCACUGAAGGAUUACAGAAAGCAGAGGCUGUUGAGGGCAAUUGAACUGGAAGGAAGUUUCAACUUGUCUGAUCAUCUCCACCCAAAGAGCUUUUCCAAGUUGUUUCUCCUCAAGUACUUGUCUCUAAGAGAUUCUGGUAUAUCAACGUUGCCAGAUUCAAUAGGAGAUUUGCAGAAUCUACAGUUUUUGGAUAUAAGAGGAACUUAUAUUGAAGAACUACCCAAUUCCAUCGUCAAACUCCAAAAACUGGUCUAUCUGCUUGGUGGUUUGAUUGUGCACAAAUUUACAAGGGAGUACCCAAAUAUGUACGAAGAAGUACCCAAAUAUGCGUAUGCGGGGAACUCAAACCCGUAUGAAACCUACAGGGAACCGUACCUAUUUAAUUUUAUUAACUACCAAUCUAUGAGUGAGUACGACAAGUUCACAAUUGACGUAUCUACUUCUUCGGUAAAAUUGAAGUUCCCGAAAGGAAUACGAGAGUUGAAUGGACUUCGCAAGUUAGGAAUGACAUACGCUGAUGAUGAGCAGUUGCUGCAGGAGAUCGGUGAGCUUGUCAAGCUCGAGAAGCUUGCCAUCUGUUUCGGUGAAGAUGAUCAAGUAAGCGGAGUGCUGGAGGGGAUCCGCGUCCUACUUUCGAAGCUCAGUGGCAGCCUUCGAUCGCUAACAAUUUCUCAUGCUAAGUACGGCGAUCUGAAAAGGGCACUCGAUGGGGUAGAUUCGCCGCCAUUGCUGCUCUGCAAGCUCCAGAUACAUGCAAAUCUUGGCGGAUUGCCUGCUUGGUUUGCAUCCCUGAAGCAGGUCGUCAAGAUAACUCUAUACUUCACACGAUUGCAGCUCCAGGAUCUGCAAGUCUUGAGAAAUCUCCACAAGUUGGUCCACCUGGUCCUAGGAUUUAGGUCAUUCGACAAUGCUGCUGAGAAUUUGGUCUUCGAUCGGGGAGGGUUUACGCAUCUCAAGUUCUUGGAAAUUCAAUCGAACGGUGUGAUUUUCGAAGAAGGUGCACUCCAAAGCCUCGAAAUUCUUAAAAUGUCUUAUUUUGCCCAUGGAUAUAGCGUCGAUGGCAUAGAUCAUCUGCGCGGGCUCAAGGAGGUUCACAUUUAUAAUUCGACUCAAGGUAUAGUGCAGAUGGUCGAAAAUAUUUUAAGCUGCCAUUCAAAUCAUCCCAAAUGUUAUUCCGAUGCAUGUAGCAUCAUGUGAUUUGAAUUAGAGUUAGCAGAGGUCUCUGUCAAUGCAAAGAUGACUUUAUUAACAUAUCUGGUGUGUUGUGAACUAGUUCUGCUCUCCAACUUAUCCAUUGUUAAUUGCUUUUAUUUAUGCUUAAUUCUCAAACUUGUUUUGCGAUUAAAA